ACUAAACUACCACCCUACAAGCACUGACUCUGGCAGAGAGAACCAACUCAGCUACCACCCUACAGCUACACACGGACAGAGAACUAAUCUAUGUCCAGAGAAGAGGAGGAGAAGCGGAAGAAGAAGCCAUUGUCUGGUGGGCCAAGGAUCUGUCAGACAGGGAACUUCAUCCCUUCUCCAGAUUGGAUUUAAAACAGUGAAGACUGAGUCAUACUAGUAGUCUGCAAAGAGGGCAACUUCAACUUGCAACUCCCUCUACCGACAUCGAGCUCAGAUGGUGCUCAAUAGUUUAGUAGCCUGAUGUGAGAGAGAGAGAGCUAGGGAGAGAGAGCGAGAGAGCUAGAGGUGGAGAGAGGGAGAGAAAGCUAGAGAGAAGGAGAGCUGGGGAGCGAGAGAGAGACGGAGAGAAAGCAAGAGCAAGAGAGCAGGAGAGCGAGAUGACAGGCAGGAAACGCCUGGAGUCACAGGACUGAAAUAAAGCAGAACAGAGUAUAACUGGAUGACCAGGGGGAGCUGUCUGUGCCAGGGAGAGGGCCAGAGGUUUAGCCAGCUGCAAGGGCAUCCUGUGUCUCCUCUUACCUACUGACAGAAGUGGAGAAAGAAGAGUGAGGAAGACUGACAGAGAGAGAGCAACAGACAGGCCUGUAGAAACUGUAGCAGUAUGAAUGGUCACCGGGGUUUCUCUGUGCUGCGUUCUGAGGCAGCAGGGGCUGUGAGGACAGCUCUGGUGUCUGCUGAGAACCUCCAGCUCACCUUAAAGACUGAACUCAGCCAGGAGGAGCAGCACCUCACACCCCACACACACACCAAUGGAGGCCCCGAUGAGACACACACCAAAGGGUACUGUACAGAAGUGAAUGAAGACCUUAAAGAGAUGCUUGAGAGCAACAAGGAGUCGCUUAAGCUGGAGGCCAUGAAGAGGGUUGUUGGGCUGAUCGCAAAGGGGAAGAAUGCCUCUGAGCUGUUCCCAGCAGUGGUGAAGAACGUGGCUAGUAAGAAUAUAGAGCUGAAGAAGUUGGUGUAUGUGUACCUGGUGAGGUAUGCAGAGGAGCAGCAGGACCUGGCUCUACUGUCCAUCAGCACCUUUCAGAGGGCCCUCAAGGACCCUAACCAGCUGAUCAGAGCCAGUGCUCUCAGGGUUCUGUCCAGUAUCAGAGUCCCAAUCAUCGUUCCCAUCAUGAUGCUGGCCAUCAAGGAGGCUGCCUCCGACAUGUCCCCUUACGUCAGGAAAACAUCCGCCCACGCCAUCCAGAAACUCUACAGCCUGGACCAGGAUCAGAAGGAGCUCCUGAUAGAAGUCAUUGAGAAACUGCUGAAGGACAAAAGCACAUUGGUAGCAGGCAGCGUUGUGAUGGCCUUUGAGGAGGUGUGUCCGGACCGUAUUGACCUGAUCCAUAAGAACUACCGUAAACUCUGUAACCUGCUAGUGGACGUGGAGGAGUGGGGUCAGGUGGUCAUCAUCUCCAUGUUGACACGCUAUGCCAGGACACAGUUCACCAGCCCCUGGAAAGAGGACGGUGUGUUUGAUGAGCACAAUGAGAGGGCGUUCUAUGAGUCUGAUGAGGAAAAGACUAGAGAUGAGACUGAGGCCAAGCCCUACAUGAUGGACCCUGACCACAGACUGCUGCUCAGGAACACCAAGCCUCUACUACAGAGCAGAAACACUGCCGUGGUGAUGUCUGUAGCCCAGCUGUACUGGCACCUGGCUCCUAAAAACGAGGUCAGCAUCGUCACCAAAUCUCUGGUCAGACUGCUCAGAAGCCACAGAGAGGUGCAAUACAUUGUGUUACAGAACAUAGCCACCAUGUCCAUUCAGAGAAAGGGCAUGUUUGAACCUUACAUGAAGAGUUUUUAUGUGAGAUCCACAGAUGCCACUCACAUCAAAUCACUCAAGCUGGAGAUCUUGACCAGCCUGGCCAACGAAGCCAACAUCUCCACCAUCCUUAGAGAGUUCCAGACCUAUGUGAAGAGCCAGGACAAGCAGUUUGCUGCCGGUACCAUCCAGGCCAUAGGCAGGUGUGCCACCAACAUCUCUGAGGUCACAGACACCUGCCUCAAUGGGCUGGUGCUGCUGCUCUCCAACAGAGACGAGACGGUGGUCGCGGAGAGUGUGGUGGUGAUCAGGAAGCUGCUCCAGAUCCAGCCCACCCAGCACAGUGAUAUCAUCAAACACAUGGCCAAACUCUUUGACAACAUCACUGUGCCGAUGGCGCGGGCCAGCAUCCUGUGGCUAAUGGGAGAGUAUUGUGAGAGGGUCCCUAAGAUCGCCCCUGACGUCCUCCGCAAGAUGGCCAAGAGCUUCACCUCUGAGGAGGACAUCGUCAAGCUCCAGACUGUCAACCUGGCUGCCAAACUCUACCUCACCAACUCCAAACAGACUAAGCUGUUGACCCAGUACAUUCUGAACCUGGGGAAAUAUGACCAGAACUAUGACAUCAGAGACCGCACGCGAUUCAUCCGUCAGCUCAUUGUGCCCAAUGACAAGAACGGAGCGCUCAGCAAGUACGCCCACCGCAUUCUGCUGGCGCCCAAACCAGCAUCUGUCCUCGAGUCUGCCUACAAAGACCGCGAUCGUUACCAGUUGGGAACCCUGUCCCACACCAUCAACACCAAAGCCAGUGGCUACCUGGAGCUCUCUGAUUGGCCCGCCGUGGCUCCUGACAAAUCAGUGAGGAAUGUGGAGGUGAUUGAGCCGGGGAAGGAGUGGGCUCCAUCUCUAGGGAAGACUGGGAAAUCCAAGCCUGCCAAGUCAUCAGAUGACAAGUUCUACUCUGACUCUGGAGAGGAGGAGGAGGAGGAGGAGGGAUCAGGGAGCAGUAGCAGUGAGGAUGGCAGUGGCAGUAGUAGUAGUGAAGAGUCAGGCAGCGAUGCAGAGAGCCAUGUCCAGAAGAACAGCAGUCAGAGCAGUGAGGAGUCAGACAAGUCCUCCAGCCAAUCAGAGAAGAGUUCCAGUGAAUCUGACUCUGAAAAGGAGAGGAAAACUAAGACCCCACUACAGAAGAAGACAGUCAAACCAACCGCCAAAGACGGUGAUUCGGAUGAGAAUGGGAACGUUGCUAAAGAAGCCAACAGUUCGUCUGCAGAAGAGAGCUCCUCUGAUUCAGAAUCAGACUCUGACACCCACACAGACUCUGACUCAGGCACCGAACACAAGAAGAAGACCAAGUCUAAAGCCAAACCCAAGGUGGAGGUGAAGUCAACAAAGGAGGUGUCUCUGUUGGAUCUGGGUGACUUCACUCCUGCACCAGUGACCCAGCACAAGUCUUCUGUCCUCUCUCCUAGCCUUCUAGGAGACCUGGAGGGCCUGUCACUCUCCAAUGUCUCCUCCACCAUCCAGUUGAGCGGUCCAGCGUUUGUCCCAGAGAAGAGCCAUGACCUGCUGCACCGUAUGACAGGUAAAGGUCUGUCAGCCCAGUACCAGUUCCCCAGACAGCCCUGUCUCUACCAGCCCACCAUGGUCUCAGUCCAGAUCAGCCUGACCAACACCACAGACCACCCUCUGGAACAGAUCCACAUUGGAGACAGGAGCCCCACAGGACUCAACAUACACUGCUUCAAUACUAUAGAGUGUCUGGAGCCAGAGGCCUCAGUGACUGUUUUCAUCGGCAUCGACUUCAACGACUCAACACAAGCAGCCAACUUCCAGCUGUGUACGAAGGAGGACCAUUUCAGUGUGUCCAUCCAGCCUGCCAUAGGGGAACUCCUCCUGCCCAUCACCAUGACCGAACUGGACUUCCGCAAGGAGCAAAGUAAACUUCUGGGCAUGAACGAGAGCUCGGCAACCAUCACCAUGGCAGCAGAGAACAUGACCAGCCAACCAAUCAGCAGACCAGUGGCAACUGUGGCCAACCUGGGAGUGGUUCCAUCCAGUCAAGACAACGUCCACAGGUUUGCUGGUAAGACGGCCAGUAGUGGAGCUGUGGUGCUGGUGAUGGUGGAGCUGAGGGAGUCGUCUACAGCACUGAUCACCAUCAACACAGAGAAGAGUGUCAUGGGCUCCAUGCUGCUGCGAGACCUUAAACUGGCCCUGGCCCAGGCCUAGAGUCUACAGCGCCCCCUAGCCCUAGUCCUCCAACACAGGGAGAAAUGCACAGCUGCCAUGGAGAGGUCUCAUACACAUAUGCAUGCAAAAACACACAUACACAACAUUUAUUUCUGUCUCCCAAUCUCAAUUCUUCUUCCUCUCUUUCAUUCUCUGUCACGCAAAUACACACUUACAUGCAGGCAAAGAGAUUGAUAUGAUUUCUCUCAUGCUUAAACAUCCUCUCAUACGGUACACACUCAUACACACACAUCAUCAUAUUUUUUUACACUGUGACAGUGUAUUGUCAGCAAUGAGCAUCAAUGUUCAUUUCAACAGGACACUUGUUUCUCCCUAGACCUGAGACUCUGUUUCUCCCUAGACCUGAGACUCUGUUUCUCCCUAGACCUGAGACUCUGUUUCUCCCUAGACCUGAGACUCUGUUUCUCCCUAGACCUGAGACUCUGUGUCUCCCGAGACCUGAGACUCUGUGUCUCCCUAGACCUGAGACUCUGUGUCUCCCUAGACCUGAGACUCUGUGUCUCCCUAGACCUGAGACUCUGUGUCUCCCCAGACCUGAGACUCUGUGUCUCCCCAGACCUGAGACUCUGUGUCUCCCCAGACCUGAGACUCUGUGUCUCCCCAGACCUGAGACUCUGUGUCUCCCCAGACCUGAGACUCUGUGUCUCCCCAGACCUGAGACUCUGUGUCUCCCCAGACCGGAGACUCUGUGUCUCCCCAGACCGGAGACUCUGUGUCUCCCCAGACCAGGUAACCAAAAAUGUGUUCAUCAUUCAAUGAGGUCUGUAUCACUUUUGGUGAAAAGAACUGAAUAUAUUAAAACUGUAACGUGAAUUAUGGUUGACGGUUGUUUUGAAUGAGUCUCUCUUGAUUGUGGUUCUUUGUGUGUUUGGUUAGUGUGUCGGGUUGUUUUCCAGUGUGUUUAUGGGUAGGGUUGUGGUGCAGUGUGACUAACUGGGUCUUGGGUUUCGGUGCGUUGGCUAUGUGUGUGUUGGGCUAGGAUGCAAUGUUGGGUUGGUUUAGGAUGCGUUGUGUUGGGUUAGGGUGCUGUGUUUUGUGUCUGGCUGUGUUAGAGUAUAGUGUGUUUGUUUGUGUUGUGGUUUGUCUGGCUGUGUUUUCCAGCUCAUAAGCGAGGUGUCUCUGAGGGCUAUAGAGAACACCUGUUAGAUCAUCCAUCACCUCUCCCUACGCACGUACUCCCCCUGCCAGCUGUUCAUCACACACACACACCGACAAGCCAUAGACAAUCACUACAACAGACCGCAAAAUAUUUUUUCACACCCACUUCUUCUGCCAUUUUCCCCUCUCAGACACACACAGCGAGAGCUGCAACUGGCAGUGUAUAGAAACGGCUUUAUCUGCCAUUAUGACACAAGCCGUUAAGGCCUACUGCAGCUGUAACUUACAGCUCCGUCUGACACACACACACACAAAUCUGGAGCUUUUACACUCCCGGCUUGACGUUUUUAUGUCCCAUUUAGAGAAGGAAUGGUCUGCUGCUAAAUCAAACUUUACUCAACACAGACGUCCUGGUCUGCUGCUAAAUCAGACUUUACUCAACACAGAGGUGCUGGUCUGCUGCUAAAUCAGACUUUACUCAACACAGACGUGCUGGCCUGCUGCUAAAUCAGACUUUACUCAACACAGACGUGCUGGCCUGCUGCUAAAUCAGACUUUACUCAACACAGACGUGCUGGCCUGCUGCUAAAUCAGACUUUACUCAACACAGACGUCCUGGCCUGCUGCUAAAUCAGACUUUACUCAACACAGACGUGCUGGCCUGCUGCUAAAUCAGACUUUACUCAACACAGACGUCCUGGCCUGCUGCUAAAUCAGACUUUACUCAACACAGAUGUCCUGGCCUGCUGCUAAAUCAGACUUUACUCAACACAGAUGUCCUGGCCUGCUGCUAAAUCAGACUUUACUCAACACAGAUGUCCUGGCCUGCUGCUAAAUCAGACUUUACUCAACACAGAUGUCCUGGCCUGCUGCUAAAUCAGACUUUACUCAACACAGAUGUCCUGGCCUGCUGCUAAAUCAGACUUUACUCAACACAGAGGUGCUGGUCUGCUGCUAAAUCAGACUUUACUCAACACAGAUGUCCUGGCCUGCUGCUAAAUCAGACUUUACUCAACACAGAUGUCCUGGCCUGCUGCUAAAUCAGACUUUACUCAACACAGAUGUCCUGGCCUGCUGCUAAAUCAGACUUUACUCAACACAGAUGUCCUGGCCUGCUGCUAAAUCAGACUUUACUCAACACAGAUGUCCUGGCCUGCUGCUAAAUCAGACUUUACUCAACACAGACGCCCUGGCCUGCUGCUUCAUACUUGUAGCUUACUGGGCUGAACUGAAGUCAUGUAUGUUUGCAUUAGAUAUUGUUUCCACUAUGGAGAUUGGUUCGGUGUUGUUGUAAUGAAUAUAUACGGUAUCUUAGAUGCUUUCUUUCAUGUUCCAGUUAACAUUAGGGAAAGGGGGAUACCUAGUCAGUUGUAAAACUGAAUGCCUUCAACUGAAAUGUGUCUUCCACAUUUAACCCAACCCCUCUAAAUCAGAGAGGUGGGGGGGACUGCCUUAAUCGACAUCCACGUCUUCGGUGCCCGGGGAACAAUGGGUUAACUGCCUUGCUCGGGCAGAAUGACAGAUUUCUACCUUCUCAGCUCAGGGAUUCGAUCCAGUAACCAAAAGGGCCCAACCCUCUAACCACUAGGCUAUCAUUAUCAGACAUAUUUAUAGGAAUUUGUGUGAGAGGCUGGGUUUGAGCCGGGAUUGACUGUGGGUCACAAGACUGUGUAAGCCCGCUAAACGGAAGCUUAAGUACUGUGAAUGCAAUUUCCCUUCACGUUCGGGCAUUAGAAGGUUUGGGCAUUAGAAGGUGUAGUGUAGUAAAGAGCCUCUAGUGUGUGUGUGUGUGUAGGGGGGGACCUUACGUCUGUUUUGGCAACACUAAGUCAACAUCCAACAGACUACAUUUUACUAGAUUGCCAUUUUUCAUUACAACACAAAUCAGGAAAUACGUGAGAGCGGACAAUUAUCAUUUGAUAACACAAACAAAGGUGGUACCAACAGCAUGUUCAUUUAAAUAUUCUGAGUGGCUGAGUGACCUGAUUCUCUGGAUGCCUCUCCCCAAUAGCUAAACAACCAUACGUUCUGUGCAUGUGCUACUUUAUUGUGAAAGGUAUGUUGUACAAACCUCUUAGUCUGCUGUUACUUUAAAGAACAUGAUGAUCAACAUGUUGUACAACGGUCCGCGAGUGAAACUCUGAAAUGAACACUUAUUUCAUAGUAGACACUAGAUGCAGUUCUAAUAAACAGAGUGGUUUCUGUUUUC